CUGUGUGCCCCAAUCGCUUCCUCAGAUCUAUUAGACCGCCUCUCGGUGUCCCAGAGGGUUGAGCGUCUUGCGCAGCGAUGGAAGAGGACGGUCGACAGGUGCGGCGUAUGACAGCACCGCUUGCAAUGGAUGCGCAUAUCACCAGCCGGGUUGUGGCUGUCUUGUGUGUGUUGGGUGCAUGCGUGCAGGUUAAGAGGUAUCGCCCUGGGACCGACGCACCGGCGGCGUCUUCAUCGGCUGCUGCUGCUGCUGGUUGUGACACCGAUGAGGAGCGGCAGCGGCGGGAGGAGAGCGAAAGAGGGACCUUCGUGAGGAAUGCACCUGUGAGCCAACCACACGAACUGAGGCCAUCCACUGAUGGAUACCGACAUCUCUCGCCGUCCCGUGUGCCGUGUGGUUGUGUGCUGCCAUGUCAGAGGCGGCAGCAGGAUCAGCAGAUGGAUGGGGAGGAAGGACAUGAUGAAGCUACGGAGACCGGGCUACGCCGCCCGCCAGCAGCACCACCUCACCAUCAGUGCAGCCGACCAAGACCAGCGGUCCUUUUGGCAGGCGGCAACCAUCAACCUCGUCAAGGAAUGGGCCACAUACCUCAGGCAGCUCACAACCAUUACCCUCCGCCACCCCAUCGGCGCUGCUCGCUGGUGUUGGGACGUGUUUGUGGCCAUGGUGGAGGGCCACGUUGCCGGCCGACGGGCAGCCAACAUGGGCGGCGGAACUCUGCACACCCUCACCAUCGAAGGGGUUUGGCUGACCGGCACGGAGAUGCAGACCCUGUCGAGGACAGACCCGCCCCUCCCAGCUCUUCUCGACCCGCCCCCCACCCUCCACGCGCUCACCACCAUUGAGGGCCUGACCCACCACCAUUAUGGGUUGGCCGACCGACGCUGGGUGAUGCCCUCACUCGCCACCGUGCGGCAGGAGGGUUGGGGUUCCGGCAGAUUGGGGCAGCUCAUCAGCUCGUCCCGCUCCCUGCGGCGUGUGGACGGCAGCUUUGGGGGUGAGGACUGGGCGGGUGUGCUUGAGGGAAUCCCUGUGACACCUGCUGAGCAGCAGGGGGGGCCACUCGCACAGCUGGAGAGCAUCGGCACCAUCGUUGUCGAUGGCAAUGAGGCGGCGGGCAUAGAUCGGCUUCGGGUGAUCACAAAAGACGCACAUGUACAGCGGCGCGUGCAGGUUGGCUCAUGAUGUCCUUGCUGUAUGUGUUUCUUGUUGCGUUCAGGAAGUGCUCGUGUCGCGUGGCUGUCGACGGUCACUCAAUCAGCUGCACGUGCGCUUUGGUCGCUUCUACUGUAUCGGCCGCCGCACGUUGCCCGUGCUACUGGCUCUCGACCGGCUGGUCGGCGCCUGCUGCCUACCGGACGCCCCACUCACGCUGACCACCACCGAACCCCACACCGAAGACUUCGACCUCGCCAUCUUCUACCACACCGAGUUCCCCAUCCACCCCUCACCCUCAUUCAAGACCACGCUGCAGGAGCUAGCCCGGCAGGCCACAUGGGUGAAGUACAUCUUCACCCAGGACGGCCUCACCUCACCGACCCGUACGACAACCCCUGCGAAUCGGCAAUCGAGAUGGCCAAGACACUCUCAUUCGACGAGGCCACGGAUGUGGUCGUCGUGAAUGCCGUUGGCUUCCAUCCGCCACCCGACACCCCAUCGCCCCGUCCCACCAUCAUCACACACCUCAAGCCGUUCCCGGGAGCCUCACGGUUGUGUGUCGCCGACAACCUGGCUGGUGCAGCUGGCCAGCUGCUCGCCGCCAAGAUGCCCAAGCAGAUGGGAAGGGCGGAGAUCGAAGGGGUGUCGGGUGAGGAGAUGGUGGGCGUGUUGACGGCGCUGGGGAGGGAGAGGGAGGUGGGUAGGGUGGAGAUGGUGGGGGUCGGGGUGGACCAGUUGGUGGGGGCGGCCGACAGGUUGCCUACGAUCAAGACGCUAGAGUUCUACAUGACACGUACGUUGAGAGACGUGUUGAGAGAGAGGGAAGUGUGUCCCUCUGUCCGUCCUCAUUGCUGCCUUUGUGUGUGUUCAUCUUCAGUGCCUGCUGGCGUGGAGGAUGCGGGCAGCUUCGUCCGCACCGGCCUCUCGUCGCUGGUCUCGCACAUCAGGGGCCUGCAGCGCGUGUAUCUGAGGGUCCAGGACACCGACGAUCAUCAGCAUGAUUCCAUCCGCGCCUCCCUCCCUAACGGCGCCAACGUCGAUGACUUCACAAUCAGACAUUUGCACUGUCGACAUUCCACCGCCAUGGAGGCAAGUCGCAGUGCCUGACGGUGAGGGACGGGCGCUUGAUCAGACGGAGGUGUAUCUCAUUGUUCUGUAUUGUGUGUUGGUGGUUGUCUGUCAGGCUGGUUGUGUCGGUCAAUCACUUUAGCAGUCGUACGGGACGGGCAGUGCGACGAUUCUUAGCUGACGCCAUGCCAUUCGUCACGGUGUGCUGCAUAGCUGCCUGCCUGAGAG